UUGCCGUGACCCAGAUGAAAUGUGACUGCCAACGUUUCCGUUCAGUCGACACGCGUAGUCGUACAACUAGCCGACAUUGUACUAGUUUAUUUGGCAAUUCUUGAUUACCGGGAAUUCCAGACGACAGGCAAUGGAGUCCUGAAGUCAACAGUAAGAUGUGUGCACCUUGUAUUUGUGUAGAAGAUUGGAGUGAUCCUGUAGUGGAAACAAGCUAACCCACACAUGGCCUGCGAGUCUGCUUUACCCGCCAUCAUGGACGAGCAGGCCCUCUUGGGACUGAACCCCAAUGCUGAUGCCUGCUACCGUCAGAGAGCUUUGGCAUAUUUUGAGCAGCUGAAGGAAUCUCGGGACGGCUGGGAGGUGUGUGCUCAGGCCUUGGCUAAAGGGAUUUAUGGUGAUGACCAUGUCAAGUUCUUCUGCUUUCAAGUGCUAGAGCAUCAGAUCAAGUUCAGGCAUGGGAGCCUCACUGGGGCCCAACAGCAGCUAAUUCGAGAGACCCUAAUGAAAUGGCUUCAGUUGCAGCUGAUGGGUGGGCAGCCCGAGAAGCCUUUCAUCAAGAACAAGGCAGCCCAGGUGCUUGCCCUCACCUUUGUCAGGGAGUACCUCACAAUCUGGCCUAAGUUCUUCUUUGACCUCCUCUCACUGGUGGGCCUGAAUCCACAUGGCCUGGACAUCUACUUGCGUACACUCAUGGCCGUCGAUGCCGAGGUGGUGGACAGGGACAUUCUGCAUUCUCCGGAGGAGACCCGCAGGAACACCCUGAUUAAAGACCACAUGCGGGAGAGCUGCAUCCCAGCUCUGGUAGAGUCCUGGUACCAGAUCCUCCAGACCUACCAGCGCAGCCACAGCGAGCUCACCUGCCAGUGCCUGGAGGUGGUUGGAGCCUAUGUCUCCUGGAUUGACCUCAACCUCAUCGCCAACGACAGGUUUGUCAAUCUGCUGUUGAGUCAUAUGUCGGUGGAGGAGCUAAGAGAAGAGGCCUGUGACUGUCUGUUUGAGAUCAUAAAUAAGGGCAUGGACCCAGUGGACAAAACCAAACUGGUGGAGUCUCUCUCUCAAGUUCUGCAGUCAGCCGGGUUCUUUAAUGUUGAGCAGGAGGAGGAUGUGGACUUCUUGGCAAAGUUCUCACGUCUUGUGAAUGGGAUGGGCCAGGCUCUUGUGCUAAGCUGGACUAAACUGACUAAGUCAGGAGAUGUGAAGGUUGCCACAGAAACACUUCAAGCACUGGAGGCCAAGGUGCCCCUGUUGCUGCAGCUGCUCGUCCACGAGGAUGACGACAUUUCAGCCAACAUUGUGGGCUUCUGUUAUGACUACCUACAUGUCCUCAAACAGCUCCCUCUGCUCACUGAUCAGCAGAAGAAUAAUGCUGAGGCCAUCAUGCUGGCUGUUAUGAAAAAGCUGACAUAUGAUGAUGAAUACAACUUUGAAAAUGAGGGUGAGGAUGAGGCCAUGUUUGUGGAGUACAGAAAGCAGUUGAAGAUGUUGCUGGAUCGCCUGGCUCAGGUGUCCCCAGAGUUGGUGCUGGAGUCGGUGCGCAGAGUGUUCACCAGCACCAUGCAGGGCUGGCAAACAGCACGGUUCAUGGAGGUGGAAGUGGCCAUCAGGUUGUUCUAUAUGCUGGGGGAGGCCCUGCCUGCAUCACAUGGUGCUCACUUCACAGGCGACGGCAGCAAAGCCAGUGCACUCCAGGACAUGAUGAGGACGCUUAUAUCCAGUGGGGUAAGCGAGUACCGGCACACCUCAGUCACGUUGGAAUUCUUUGAGACUGUCGUCCGCUAUGACAAGUUUUUCAUAGUGGAGCCGCAGCACAUUCCGAGCAUCCUGAUGGCAUUUCUGGACCAUCGCGGUCUGAGACACAGCAGUCCGAAAGUGCGAAGCAGAGUGGCUUACCUUUUCUCCAGGUUCAUCAAAACGCUACAUAAACACAUGAAUUCGUAUAUUGAAGACAUCCUAAGCCGAAUACAGGACUUGCUGGAACUGGCUCCACCUGAGAAUGGCUUCCAGGCUCUGCUCAGCAGUGAUGACCAGCUGUUCAUGUUCGAGACAGCCGGCGUGCUCAUUGUGAAUGGCGAGAGUCCUGCAGACAGGAAGCAGGCACUCAUGCGCAGCUUGCUCACACCUCUCCUGGAGGCCUUUCGCCUGCUACUCAACAAGCUGACACAAGAGGGCGAUGAGGACAGGCAGACGGCCCUUGCCGACUGCCUCAGUCAUGCCGUGGGCUUCGCCAGCCGCACCAGUAAGGCGUUCAGUAACAAGCAGACGGUGAAGCUGUGUGGCUGCUCCGAGGUCUACCUGGACUGCCUGCAGACUUUCCUGCCCGCGCUGAGUUGCCCUGUACAGCGGGGGGCACUGCGCAGUGCCGUGCGCUCCUUCCUCCACCGCAUGAUCAUCUGCCUGGAGGAGGAGGUGCUGCCCUUCAUCCCGGCCGCGUCCGAGCACAUGCUGAAGGACUGUGAGCCCAAAGACCUACAGGAGUUCAUCCCUCUCAUCAGCCAGAUUACGGCCAAGUUUAAGAGCCAGGUAUCUCCAUUCCUGCAGCAGAUCUUCAUGCCACUGGUACUUGCCAUCUUUGAGGUGCUGUCCCAGCCAGCGGAGGACAAUGACCAGACGGCUGCCCUCGAGAAGCAGAUGCUGAGGAGAAGCUACUUCAGCUUCAUCCAGACCAUCGCCAGCAGUGGCAUGAACGAGGUCAUGGCCAACCAGGGUGCUGAAAAUAUUGAACGUGUGCUGUUCACCAUCAUCCAGGGAGCAGUGGACUUCCCUGACCCUAUUGCCCAGAAGACCUGUUUCAUCAUCUUGUCAAGACUAGUGGAGCUCUGGGGGGGUAAAGAUGGUUUGGUUGGAUUUCCAGACUUCAUCUACAAACACAUCGUCCCAGCAUGUUUCCUGGCUCCUCUCAAAACGACCUUUGACCUCUCAGAUGCUCAGACUGUCCUGGCCUUGUCCGAGUGUACGCUGACCCUGAAAAUGAUUCAUCUCCGGAGGGGGCUGGAGUUUAUUCAGUUCCUUCAACAGGAGUACCUGCCUUCUCUGCAUGUGUCACCUGAGAUCACACAGGUCUAUCUGUUCUCUUCAGGAACUCUGUCAAGUGCUUCAACAGCCUGACACCAAGGUUGUUAAAAACUACAUGAAGGCAUUCUUUCAACAAGCUAAACUGUAAUAACUGGAAGGACUCUGGCUGAUGGGGACAGCAGACAGUGUCACCUACAGGAUAAAGACAGAGCAUAGCUUAGAAGCUGCUUUUUGCACUUAGAGAGAAGCUUAACCAUCCCCAUCCCCAAGGGGUCUAUGGGAAAUGGUGCUGAAACAGGACUCCCAUGAGGAUGAGCUAUCAGUCAGCAGUGACCUCAGCCUUCCAGUGACCUAGGCCCAAUCAGAGUUGUGCUCUCCAUGUGGGUUUGACCUCCUGCUUUGGGGAACAACAUUCAUCAUUGGCCAAUUUGACAAGGUGGAAAGCUCAUGGUCAGCAGUGGUAGAAGCUUCAAUUGGAGAGAAAUUUCUUUCCUAAGUUACCCGUACCUACCUAAACGAGGAGGGAAAAGUUUGGCGCUUAAAAAUAUGAAAUGAUCUGAGUAAUAUUUUGUAUUUUUUGACAGUGCUUUUUCAGUUUAGUAAUCCAUAGGGAUUGUUUGGUUUUUUUUUAAUAUGUAGAGCAUUUAAAAAUGUGAUUUUUGUUUGAACUGUGGAAACAAGGUUUCUCUAAUGCAUUGGAACUAAAGAAGGGCUGGUUUAAGAAUUUUAUUUAAUGAUGGGGAUUUUUUUUGUCAUGGGAUGGAAGCAUUUUUAUUUUGAAGUGAUGUAGGAGGGAUAUGAAAGUGUUUUUGAUCCUGACCACCUGGGUCUAAACUUUUUCUCCCAUGAAGUUAUGUGACCAGGACCUACUUCCCUUUCUGAUUUGUAAAAUAAACCUUUGUUCAUGGUAUGUUAAAUGAGGUGUAACCCAUUGUUCUGUGCAGUACCUCAUCACCAUGUCUUAAAGUUAGUCAUCUUUCCUUAACCAUGAAACACUAAACCAAUAGCUGACCUUACAGCCAGGGUAAUAUCAUGUGAUAUUUCCAUAUAAUUCAGUUAAUUUUAAAGUCCUCAUUCCUAUGAGCUGUGCCAUCAUCACUGCCAGGCUGAGAUUUCAUCUGGCGUCCACAUGGCCAGGUUGUUCUGUGUGCUGGCCCAGCUGUUGGAGCUGUGUGCUGUUUCAGCAUUUGCCACAAAGGCAGUUUAGUGUUUUAGAGGAAUAGUUUGAAAGUUUGACUAUUUCCCCCUUCUGCAAAGUUAAUAAACAAACUUUGUUUUUGAAUUCA